UGACGCGAUACGUCGUAACAGCCUAGCAACUUCUUUGGUCUUUUAAAAAAAAAAGAAGUCAAGUGGCACUUUCACAGCACUGACAAACUGACAUUUAGAGAUGCCUUCGCUGGUUUUGUGACAGCGGACAGCGCCGGGUCUGAUGGGGGGCGUGAAGUUUACCGGCUGCCGGCUGUAACCCGGAGAAGCAACAGGAGGUUGAUGUGGACGAACAUGGCGGACAGAUGCAGGCUUCCAGCUGCCAAGUAAACGUUGGGCAAAGCGAAACUGAAGACGAAGGACGGCUGCCGGGUGACUCGUCACGUAUUUCAGCGUUACAUGGAUAGCUGGGUCCCUACAGGACUGUAAAAGCCCUCCGCUAAAGCCGUAUGGCGUCCACUCAAGCCCGGAUAGGCCAGCAGGCCUUGGUGGUGCUGGAUGUGGUUCUGCGAGUUCCAUGUAUUUUUAUUAUCGACGCCAUUUUUAACUCUUACUACGACCCUGGUUCGGGCUGGGCCGGGGCGAUGGGGAAGGUGUUGGUCAGAGUCAUGGGUGUCCUCAUCUCCACUGUGGUGCUGCUGCUUUCUCAGAAAGCCUUGUUUAAGUUCUACACUCUAUUCUUUGCUGUCCUCCUUGGCAUGGCAGCAGUCCUCAUAGGUUACCUGCUGAGCUGGGAUGUGUUCUGGGAUCUCACGAGUAACCUGAUCAUCUCCGGCUGCGACUCCACGCUCACUGUGCUGGGGAUGAGUGCCGUUAUCUCCUCUGUUGCACAUUACCUGGGUCUCAGCAUCCUGGCUUUCAUAGGUUCGACUGAGGAGGAGGACAAGCGGUUGGGCUUUGUGGCUCCUGUCCUGUUUUUCAUCCUGGCUCUUCAGACUGGCCUCAGCAGCCUGAAACCUGAGGAACGUCUGGUCCGCCUGAGCCGGAACAUGUGCCUUCUGCUGACCAAAACGUUCAUCAACCGCCGCACUGCCGUCAAGAAGAUCAACUCCCUGCCGGAGGUGCGCGGCGACCAGCUGAGGAACAUCGAGGACGUGUGCGCCAUCUGUUAUCAGGAGUUCGCCACCUCAGCCCGCCUCACGCCCUGCCACCACUACUUCCACGCACUGUGCCUGAGGAAGUGGCUCUACAUCCAGGACACGUGCCCCAUGUGCCACCAGAGAGUUUACGUUGAGGAGGAGAGUAGAGACAGAGCCGCCUUUUCCAAUAACAACGGGGGCUACGCUCCGCAACAGGACGCCGCCGCUGCGGGUCCGCCGGCACCGGGGGACAAUCAGCGAGGACAGCCGGCUGCAGAGCUGCAGGCCAACGGAGUGGCAGUUGGCGCGCAGGCCGCAGGAGGAGCGGCGGCGCUCGACCACGACCUGCUGGAGGACAAUGACAGCAUAGAGUACGACGAAGACGAGUGGGGGACUCAGAACGGCAGCGCGCUGAUAGAAGAAGACUAUAUCAAUGAUGACACAGACUCCACAGAGGACUGACGACAGAAGAGCUAUAGAUAAAUAAACAUAUAUCUUUAUUAUAUUUAAGUUAAGAAAUGAUAAAAUACAUCUUAAGCAUCUUAAUUUGCUCUUGAAAAAUGUCA